AUGAGGUUGCAAAUCUUGCUCACGCUUGUGCUGAUCGGCCCUGUGGUGGCCGGACGGGGCAGGAGGCGGAGGAGGAGGACACAGACGAUCUGCGAUGACGUCCCAGAAGCUGUGACUGAGGACACGAUGCAAUGCCGGCCCGUCACCAAGGAACGGACAAAACUGAGGAUCGUGACCAAAUUCAACAAGGGAAUGAAGACCGUGACCAGGUAUGAGAAAGCCACACGGCUCGUCAACCGGACACAAAUGGUGGAGUACCUGCUUCCCAUGGAAGCAUUCCUCCUGGAGGCAAAGCAGCAGAUCAUCUGGGAAAGCCAGGAAUCUCUUCGGCGUUGUGGAAUCAACAGUCGCAGUGUCAACGCGGAUGUCCGAUUCAACGAAACCUCUGCUGGCACUGAAGCUUUGGUUCUCUACGGGCCCAGCCAGGGAGGGAAAUCCACUUUCGUCUGCCAGCUCAGGAAAGCCAAGGAUGCAGCGUGCCCGAAGGUAGGCGAUGGAAGCGGUGAGUCCAUGACGGAUGAGCCUUCGCUUUGGGAGACGAUCCUUGGCUGGGUGCUGGACAAUCCGGGAAAUGGGGACACCCGGCUUCUAUUCACUGAAGAGGAGAUCGGUCUCUGGAUGGCGACCGCCCUGGCCGAAGCCGAUGUUCGCCGCGUGAAGUUCCUGGUUUUUGACAGCAUGGCCAACGAUGCAAUGCACUUGCGCGAGACGCUGUCUGCCCUCUUCACGUCCUUCGGCACCAACGUGAGGCAUGGAACUGUCAUCAUUGCAUCCAAAGCAAACCUACGUCCAAGGGGAGGCAAAAGGAAUCAGCUGCUUCGCGAUGUCAUGCAAGAACAGGGCCUGGAAGAGCUCGUUUUCUGGAAUGGCCCCGCCUCUCGGCGGCUCUUGGGAAGCCACGUUCAUUGA